UAAAUCAGUUUCCAACCUAAAGAAGACCAAAACCUCUUCUUCAUUUUCUUCGUCUCUAAAAUGGCUUCUGUAUCUUUCUCCCCUUCAAAGAUUAGAACACUUACUAUCUCCCCAACAAAGCCACCAAUUACUCCAUCUUCCACUACCGUAUCUCUAAUCCACUCUUCUUCUUCUUCUUUACCAUUUCGCUUGAAAAUUAAAUGCCAAGCCACAGAAACUGAUGCUAAUAAAUUACCUAAAAGACUACCGCCAGGGCCAAUUAAGCUACCACUGAUCGGAAACCUACACAACUUGGCCGGUGCUCAGCCGCACCAUGCGCUUACAGAGCUAGCCAAAGAAUAUGGCCCACUUAUGCACUUACAGUUGGGCGAAAUAUCAGCAAUUGUUGUAUCUAAUCCAAGAAUCGCUCAAGUGAUAAUGAAAACCCAUGAUCUUGUUUUUGCAGAUAGGCCUGAAAUUCUUGCUGCUAAAAUAAUCACUUAUGGCGGUCAAGAUAUAGCCUUUUCGAAACUUGGCGAAUAUUGGAAGCAAAUGAAAAGAAUUAGCUUAAUGGAGCUUUUAGGUCCUAAAACAGUUCAAUCUUUCGCUUCCCUUCGCGAAAAUGAAGUAGAGAAAUUGAUACAGUCUAUUCAUUUAUCUAAAGGAAAACCUAUAAAUUUUACAGAGAAAAUCUUCCAUCUUACUAAUGUUAUAACCUGUAAGGCUGCGUUUGGCGAUGAGUGUAAAGAUCAGGAUGUUGUUAUAGCUUUGACUAAGGAAGCAACAACAAUUGCAGGAGGUUUUGGUAUAGCUGACGUGUUUCCUUCUAUGGAGUUUCUUCAAGCUAUUACUGGUGUUAAGGGUAAAUUGGAGAAACUUCGAGACGAGUUAGGGGAUGUGUUUGGUAAUAUUAUUGAUGAACAUAAGCAGAAAUUGAUGAAUAGAGAUGGUAGUGAUGAUGUUGAAUCGGAGAAAGAAGAUUUAGUUGAUGUUCUGUUAAAGCUUCAAGGAAGUGGAAGGUUUCAAUGUCCUGUUACAAAUAAUAGCCUCAAAGCUGUUGUUUUGGAUCUAUUCACUGCUGGAACUGACACUUCAUCAACAACAGUAGAAUGGGCAAUGUCAGAAAUGAUGAAGAAUCCAAGAAUCUUGAAGAAAGCACAAGAAGAGGUACGUGAAGCUUUCAAAGGAAAGAAAAUAAUCUGCGAAGAAGACGUUAAGCAAUUGAAGUACUUGCCAUUAGUAAUAAAAGAAACUCUAAGAUUACAUCCUCCAGCACCAUUGUUACUUCCAAGAGAAAGCAGAGAAGCCUGUGAGAUUGAUGGGUAUGAAAUUCCUAUGAGGUCCAAAGUCAUUGUAAAUGCGUAUGCAAUCGGAAGAGAUCCUGAAGCUUGGCCUGAACCUGAUAAUUUUAAGCCAGAAAGAUUUAUUAAUAGUUCUGUAGAUUUUAAAGGGAUGAACUUUGAGUUUAUUCCAUUUGGUGCUGGAAGGAGAAUUUGUCCUGGAAUUGCGUUUGGUCUGGCCAAUAUAGAACUUCCUCUAGCCAGAAUACUGUACCAUUUUGAUUGGAAGCUGCCUGAAGGGAUCACAUCAGAAAAUUUAGACAUGACUGAAGCUUUUGGAGCUACUGUUGGAAGGAAGAACCAAUUGUAUUUGAUUCCUAUUCCAUACACAUCAAAAGCUGAGUCUAGCCAUCAUAGUGAGGCAAUGAAACUUGUCAACUAAAGGAUUUUGAAUUGUAAAAGAAACAUUUCUUAUGCCAUCUAAUUAGACUUCAAAAUGGAAAAUAAUGACUGAAAAGUGGAAACAGAUAAAACAAUACAUGGAGAGCCGCCACAUUAUUUUAUUUAUAUUAGCUAGAAAUCAAGUUUGAUGGCUUCUUUGCACACCUUUUUUUGUUUGUUUUGUCCUUUCUUUUUGUUUGUAAUUUCCCCCAUAUAUCCCAUGGUCAAACGGUAAAUCGUUGACAAUUCAAAGUUUUCAGCAUUUGAUUGUUGACUA